CAGAGAGCGUAUCAGGCAAAGGCUAGCCCGGCCCGAAACAUAAAACAAGAGUGGAAGUGCUAAACUACGAUCGGCGCCGUCGUGGACAGUAUCUGGAGCGCUCUGUUUUAAUUCCAGGAUUAGGAAAAAAGUUUGAAUCUUUGUCUGCAAUAAUGCAAAAUAUUCAUAGGAUUGUGUCGCGUUUUUCGUCGGCCAAUGUUGUGAGGUUUGUGAAAGAAAAGAGUAAACCCAGUUUUGGAAAUGGAACAAAGGUAUUAGACAAUUCUAUUGGAGGUUACGGAGUUGUUAGCACGCGGGUUUUCUCGGAAAAGUCGGGUGGUGGUGGUGAGAACGGAGGGAAAAAUGAUUGGGAGAGUGUUGUUGGGGGAUCUUUCGGUGUUGGAGCUGGUUCUGAUGAUUUGGGUUGGGAUUCUGCUUCAUCGUGGUCGACUGGAAUGACAAAGGAUCAUUUUGAUGGAGAGUUUGUGGGUCAGAAGGCGGAUUCUAGCGCUAGCGCUAGCGUUAGCAGUGGGUUGAAUACUUCUGAGAAUGCGUUGGUCUAUAGUUUGCAGGAAGUUGAAGAUAGGAUAAGAGAACUUGAGGCAGAAAAUAAGAAGGGAAAGGUUUUUGUUGAUGGUUGGGGUGAGAAGAUGCGCGAGAUUAGUGUGCUGUUGAAACAAGUGAAGGAGCCUGGUGCUAGAGGAUCUUUCUUGAAGUACUCGGAGAAGGAUGAGAUGUAUCGGUUGCACAAAGAAAAUCCUGAAGUUUACACUGUUGAGAAGCUUGCUAAGGACUAUAGGAUUAUGAGACAGCGGGUGCAUGCUAUUCUCUGGCUGAAACAACUCGAGGAGGAAGAGGAGAAAAAACUUGGUCAUCCUUUGGAUAACUCUGUUGAACUCUUGCUUGAUAAUUUCCCGGAAUUCUUUAAUUCUCAUGACCGAGAAUUUCAUGUAGCAUCCCUUCCUUACAAGCCUGAUUUCAAGGUGAUGCCAGAGGGUUGGGAUGGUGUCACCAAAGACUUGGAUGAAGUCCACUAUGAGAUAUCCAAGAAGGAGGAUGAGAUGCUCUAUGAAGAAUUUGUUCAGAAGAUGAACUUCAAUAAAAUGAAGUUGGCAGGGAAGGUAAAAUGCCACAAGUAUAGCAGGAGGCGUCCUUCGGAGGGAUGGAACUUCACAGUAGAGAAAAUGGGAGCAAAAGGGAAGCGCGGCGGUAGCGGUGGCUGGAAGUUCGUAAGCUUGCCAGAUGGAUCCAGCCGACCGCUGAAUGAGAUGGAGAAGAUGUAUGUUAGACGAGAGACUCCCCGACGCAGACGCAAGAUUCUUCCUUGAUCAUAAUUUGCAGCGUCAGAUAGAUGUCAAAGAAAUGUCUGCUUUUCUUGGUCUUGAAAAGAUAGGAAAAUAAAUUAGAAGAAUCGGAAUGAGAUUAUCAUGUUGUAGUUUCUUGCAUGUUUGUGAGAAAUGCUUUGUUUUCUUUACCAUUAUGAUGGUGAUGGUAGUAGCCGAGGAACUUGGAAAUUGAAACCCUGAUUGGUAGUAAUGGAGCUUAUAAUGCAAUUAUGUGAGAAUGUCACUGCUCCUUCAACUGGGAGGCAGAUGUUACGUUGAUGACUGGUACGUAAUCUUCAGAAACUUGCAUAUCCAGGAUCUUCUAGUUCCGUCAACUUUAAUUCGUGACACCAAUCUUAUAUUUUUACUGUUAUAUUUUUACUAUCUUCGUUAAAUUAUAUUGAUGCAGUAUAACUAUUUAAGUUCA